CAACCGGAAUAUCUGAAUCUCUCGGUGGUUUACCUCUGAUUUAGCGUCGGAAACUGGACUCCUACUCGAUCUCUAUCAACAAUGCCGGCCUUGUAGAACUUUGGAUCCAACUCUCUGAUUCCGUCAAUUUCCAUAAAUAUUCAGCUGAGUGAAGGAACUUUCCCGCUGUUGAUCGCUUUGAGUAGAAGAAUUGAAGAAGGAAAUGUCACAUUCAUGGGAUGGUCUUGGGGAGAUUGCGUCAGUGGCGCAGCUCACUGGUUUAGAUGCCGUCAAGUUGAUUGGGCUCAUAGUGAAAGCUGCCAAUACUGCUUGGAUGCACAAGAAGAAUUGUCGCCAAUUCGCUCAACAUCUCAAACUCAUUGGGAAUUUGCUUGAACAGCUGAAGAUCUCUGAGAUGAAGAAGUAUCCAGAGACUCGAGAGCCUCUCGAAGGGCUCGAGGAUGCUUUGAGGAGGUCUUACCUUCUGGUCAAUAGCUGUAGGGACCGGAGCUAUCUUUACUUGUUGGCUAUGGGUUGGAACAUUGUUUACCAGUUCAGGAAACAUCAGGAUGAGAUUGAUCGUUUUCUUAAGAUCAUACCUCUCAUCACUUUGGUGGAUAACGCUCGCAUUCGGGAGAGGUUUGAGUAUAUUGACCGUGAUCAGCGUGAGUACACUCUGGAUGAAGAGGAUAGACAUGUGCAAGAUGUUAUUUUGAAACAAGAAUCCACCAGAGAAGCAGCAUCAGUGCUGAAGAAGACUCUCUCUUGCUCAUACCCUAACUUGCGUUUCUGUGAAGCUCUCAAAACAGAAAACGAGAAACUGCAGCUCGAACUUCAGCGUUCACAGGAGCAUUAUGAUGUGGCUCAGUGUGAAGUCAUUCAGCGUUUAAUUGGUGUUACACAAGCUGCUGCUGCUGUUGAACCUGACAAUGAGAAGGAGCUGACAAAGAAAGCUUCGAAAAAAUCUGAGCGUAGCUCAAGCAUGAAGACAGAAUAUUCGUAUGACGAAGAUUCUCCCAAGAAAAGCGGUAGUCGUGCAGCUUCGAGAUCCACUUCUAAUGUUUCAUCUGGGCAUGAUCUGCUUUCACGAAGAGCAUCACAGGCACAACACCAUGAAGAAUGGCACACCGACUUACUAGCUUGUUGCUCGGAACCUUCUCUUUGCUUGAAGACAUUCUUUUUCCCGUGUGGUACUUUGGCAAAGAUUGCCACUGCAGCAUCUAACAGGCACAUCUCUUCAGCUGAAGCAUGUAAUGAGCUAAUGGCGUAUUCUUUGAUACUUUCGUGUUGCUGCUAUACUUGUUGCGUAAGGAGGAAACUCCGGAAGACAUUGAACAUCACGGGAGGGUUCAUUGACGAUUUUCUAUCUCAUUUGAUGUGUUGUUGCUGUGCUCUUGUCCAAGAACUGAGAGAAGUAGAGAUUCGUGGGGCUUAUGGUACGGAGAAGACGAAAAUAAUUUCAGCUGCUUGCGAAUUGGACAUGGCUUGUAAUUCCUCAGGCUGUGAGUCAGGUUGCUAUGACCGUGAGAAAAAUGAUGGAAGUAAAAUAUCCGUGGAAGAUGCAGUAGCUGGUGGCGGUUAUCAGGAGAGUGUCUGCGUCAAGUGUAAAUGCAAUGAGCCUAUGACAUUUGGGGAUGGUGGCUCGGACGAUGGAAGAUUCUGCGCAGAGUGUUUUAGGAACAACGUCUUUGGGAAGUUCCGUCUUGCUGUUACUUCUCAUGCCAUGAUCACUCCUUCAGAUAAUGUCCUUGUUGCCUUCUCUGGUGGAUCAUCUUCCAGGGUCGCUCUUCAAUUUGUCCACGAGUUGCAAAUUAAGGCUUUGAAGAAUUACGAGGCGAGUCGAGAUAGAUCUUUACCUGUGUUUGGUGUUGGCGUUGCGUUUGUGGAUGAAACUGCAGCUUUUCCUGCUCUUUCCACUGAAAUGGUUGAUGCAAUUGAGUGGGUUCGAUCUACUGUGUCGAGUUUGUCUCCACCUGCAAAGGAUCUCCAUGUUGUUCCUGUCGAGAGCGUCUUUGGUUCAGACUCUCUUGACGCACGGGAUAGGCUUGUAACGCUAUCAGACUCUGUUCCUGACGAUACUGGAAAAGAAGACCUUCUGCUGCAUCUGAAAAUGUUGACUUUGCAAAAGGUUGCCUCUGAAAAUGGAUACAACAGAUUAGUGGUGGGAUCAUGCACAUCGAGAAUUGCUUCCCAUGUUCUUUCGGCUACUGUCAAGGGACGAGGUUAUUCACUAUCAGCAGAUAUUCAGCAUGUUGAUGCGAGAUGGAAGGUUCCCAUCGUACUUCCACUUCGAGAUUGUGUUCGACUGGAAAUAAGUAGACUCUGCGUUUUGGAUGGUCUAAAAACUGUGGAGUUGGCUUGUCGUUCUCAAUGCGGCAUCAAUGAUUUGGUGUCUUCAUUUGUCGCUCUGUUGCAGGAUGAAAAUCCUUCUCGGGAAUGCACAAUUGUACGGACAGCCGCAAAGCUGACUCCAUUUUACUUCAACAAAAUUCCGGAAACGGAUGACUCGAAUGUUCCUAUGGCCACUCAGAGGCGCCUAAAGAGAUUCAAUCUCAAAUAUGAUGGAUCGAUGACUACUGAAGCUUUCUGUCCUAUCUGCAAUGGCCCGCUAAAUAGAUCAGACUCAUCAGAUUUGGAUACUUUUGAAGAAGGCCAGGAAGCUGAUGUCCUUUAUGCUGCUUGCUGUUCAAGCUGCCGGUUUCAAAUACUUCCAGAAGAUGGAUCAUCUCUUGAGCAAUUCAGUUCGUUUCUACCAGAUCACAUGAUUUCCCAAGUGAAGCAUCAAAAGGUUGACAGUCAAGCUCAUCUGAGGGAGAAAAUAAAAGACUGUCUGCUCUUGGACGAUGAAGAGGUUGUCUAAAUCUGCAUUUCAGAUGCUUGCACAAGGUAUGAGAGGAAGUUCAAACCCUGUCAUGCUUAUUAAGGAUAUUCUUGGUUUAAUGUCGAUCUUCUAUCAUCGUAGAUGUUACAAAAGCUUUUACACAUUUGUUACAAUGAUGGUUUUGAUGUGAAGCAAAAUCACUGAGCAGUUGAAUGAAGCAUGUCAUAUUUA